AUGCUGCACAUGACACAGGUUUUGGAUAGCUUGAGCAGUCCCCAGCUCUUUUGUGCAUGUGAUCAAGAAGAGAAUCCAGAAACCAUUCUUACAAGAAACCCAGGGGCUCUGAAAAUUUCUCAUGAAAAUCUUAGGCAUUUUCAGUACCUGUCAGUGACCGGGCCUCACCAAGCUGUGAGCGAAAUCCGGGAGCUCUGUUGUCAAUGGCUGCAGCCGGAGACAAACACCAAGGAGCAAAUGAUGGAGCUACUGGUGCUGGAGCAGUUUCUGAACACCCUGCCAGAGGAGAUUCAGACAUGGGUGAGGUUGAAUCAGCCCAAGAACAGCACAGAGGCAGGAACCCUAGUGGCAAACUUGAUCCAAGCAUGUGAGGAGACAGAUUUCCCUGCUCAGGACUCUGUCCUUGCAGAUGAGAGGAACACCAGAGAAGACCAAAAGGAGGACACAGAGAUGUUUGACAAUUUGCCAUCUGCUGGAUCCCAGUGGCCGUGGCAAGGAUCCCAAGUGAAGAUGCACACAGGGAUUACUGAGGAAUUGGUGACAUUCCAGGAUGUGUUUGUGGACUUCAGCCCAGAGGAAUUAGCCUCCCUUAGUACUGCUCAGAGGACCCUCUACCGGGAGGUGAUGCUGGAAAAUUACAGAAACCUGGUCUCCUUAGGGUACCAGUUCUCUAAACCUGACAUUAUCUCACAGCUGGAAGAGGAGGAGUCACGUGCAAUGGAGGAAAACAGUGAUACAAAGAUAUUUCCAGAUUGGGAGAAAAGUCCUGAGACCAAAGAUCUAACUCCAGAGCAAAGCCUGCCUGUAGAAAAUUCACCCUUGGGGGCAGGAAUGGAGGAUUUACAAGUAGGUAACUUCCAACUUGCAAGAGAUGUAGGAGAGCCUUCUGAUGAUCCAUUGGACUCAUACCAAGUCAUCCAGGAGACGCUUGCAAGCCCUGUAACAAUGAGUGAGCCCAAGACCCUCACUCAGGAAAUAAGCCAGGACAGUGAUGAAUCUGCAAGAAGUCCAUAUCUUACUGAACAGUCAGAGGGUCCUCUAGAAGAGGGUCCCCAGGAAUGUGCUGCUUCUGGAAUUCUCACCAGUCCCGCACCGGUGGUCGAUGAGCCUUUUCUCCAGGAGAACACACUCAACAGAUGUGAAUGUUGUGAAAGGACCUUUAAUACCCAAACAGCCCAUGAGAGACAUGAGCAGAUCCACACUGGGAAGAAACCCUUUGAAGGUGAACAGUGUACAGAAGCCUUCUACCUCAUGCCAUACCUCACCAGUCACCAGAGGACUCUUGCCAGUGAGAAGUCCCCUGGAAAGUCUUUCAUCCAACGUGUAAAUAUCUGUGGCCUUGUAAGAACCCAUAGUCAGGGGGACUACUAUGAGUGUUUCCAGUGUGGCAAAGCUUUUAUCCAAGAUGUGCAUUUUUUUCACCAUCUCAAAGCCCACAACCUUCCUAGGUUGCCCCGCAUCAAGAAGUACUUAAUUCGCUAUCAGCAGAAACAUGACUAUGUCGGAGAGCGAGCCUAUCAGUGUUGUGACUGCAGCAAAGCCUUCAAGCAGAGUUCACAUCUCAUUCAACACUAUCGGAUUCAUGCCCAAGAGAGGCCUUUACAAUGUCAGCUGUGCGGGAAAUGUUUCAGCCAACCCUUAUACCUCACCCAACAUUAUCAACUCCAUUCUCAAGAGAAAUCCAUGGAGUGCAAUUCGUACUGA